AUAUUUCAUACUCUCAAAUAAUCGAACGGGUUAGCAAUUUUUCUUAAGCAGAGAGUAGCUUUCGCCAUUCCUCCAAAGCACCGGCUCCAGAAUUUGCAGUCCUGGUCGCCGGUCACUGGUCGGCCAUCCUUAUCUAGAGUAAAUCUUUCACUUUUAUUGCUAAACGAUUGUCAGCUCACUCAGAUAGGAUAAGGUGUGGUUGUUAUCGUGUUUGUAUUGAUUGAAGUGCAAAACUUUGACUUGUUACUUAAAAUGGUGGUUGUGAUUUCUACUCGAAUAGAUAAAUUUGGCCAAGUUUUGCGAGUUGUUGGACAUCGCUUUUGGUCAAGCAGUUUGGUUCAUUCUGUUUCAGAAACAAAAGAUGAAGUUGAAACAAUUGCUAGAAUCAUUAAUGACCACCCUUUUCCUGUUCAGCCUCUGCAACCAAUGCUUAAACGUCACGUCUCUUCGAGUAUCCUGUCUACCAUGUUUGUUGAAAAUGUCAUUGGUCGCCUAUUUGCGGCACAUGCAAAUGGUCUUAAAGCAUAUGAAUUUUUUGAGUUCUGCCUCCACCAUCCUGAGUAUAGUCCAACCUCUGAUGCAUUUGAGAAGACACUUCACGUACUAGCAAGAAUGCAAUACUUUGAUAAGGGUUGGGAACUAAUGAAGAAAAUUCAACAGCUACAACCGUCGUUGCUCACCCUUAAGUCAUUGAGCAUCAUGCUAUCAAGAAUAGCAAAAUAUGAGUCCUAUGAAGAUACCCUUGAAGCAUUUGAGAAGAUGGAGCAGCAUUUAUUCCCCGGGAAGAAAUUUGGCACCGAAGAGUUCAAUAUUCUUCUUCGAGCAUUUUGCUCACAGAGGCAGAUGAAAGAAGCUCGUUCAGUAUUCAACAAACUCCAUUCUAGGUUCCCACCUGAUACCAAGACAAUGAAUAUCUUGCUUUUGGGGUUCAAGGAAUCAGGGGAUAUUACUGCCGUAGAGUUAUUUUACCAUGAGAUGGUUAAAAGAGGUUUUAAGCUUAAUUCCGUAACAUACAGUAUAAGAAUUGAUGCAUACUGCAAGAAAGGUCGUCUUGGUGAUGCUUUGAAGCUGUUUGAAGAAAUGGAUAGGGUAAAUUGCUUGCCUACAGUAGAAACAAUAACAACUUUGAUUCAUGGAGCAGGGAUUGCUCAUAAUAUAAGUAAAGCUAAGGAACUCUUCAAUGAAAUCUUCAAGAGAAAUUUUCAACCAGACACUGGAGCCUAUAAUGCCCUUUUGAGUUCUCUUAUCAAAUCCAGGGAUGUCAAAUCUGCAGCAGUCUUAAUGGAUGAGAUGGAGGAGAAAAAUAUUGAUUUUGACAAUUUAACUUAUCACACUAUGUUCUGGGGAUUGAUAAGAUCAAAUGAUGUUGGUGGUGUCAUUGAUCUUUACGAAAGGAUGGUUGACAAAAAUUUCUUGCCUAAGGCACGUACUGUUGUGAUGCUGAUGAAAUUCUUUUGUGAAAACCAGAGAAUUGAUCUGGGUUUGAGCUUAUGGAAUUACCUGAUGAAUAAAGGGCACUGUCCACACUGCCAUUCUUUAGAAAUUCUGGUCACAGGAUUGUGCUCCCGUGGGAGAGUUGAAGAAGCAUUUGAGUGCUCUGAGCAAAUGUUGAAGAGGGGUAGGCACAUGAGCGAGCUAGUGUUUCAGAUGUUGAAGAGGUCUCUCUUACAGCUGGGAGAGGAGGAAAAGUUACAAAAGCUCUACCAAAUGACAAAGAGAUUAGAAAUGAUAUUACCUCCUAAUGGACAAACUAUUGGCACAGCCUAGGUACAGAGCUGUAAGUAAGGAAUGCUAAAAGAUCAUUUUUAAGUACGAUGAGCAUUUGGCCUCAAGCACGUGAUUUAUAUCUGAAUCUUUUAUCUCUACUCAUGUGGCAUGUGCUCCCUUUUCUUCUCUCUCUGAAAUGUUUGAACACUUGUAUAAAAUGGAAAGAUUCAUGCAUCAUGAAUUUGUUUUGGUAUUUCAGGCUCUUCCACAAUCUUCAUUCGUUGAGUUUAGGUUGUGCAAGUUUAUUAUGCUUAUGGGUUUUCUGCUUUUGGUUUUCCUAAUUGUCAUUGUAUUGUUGUUAGUAUAAGACCAUUAUGGGAACAUAUUUCCUGCUAAAUGCUGAGAAUUAUCAGUGGCAGUAGACUUCAUUUUUCACAGUAGCCUCUACAGUUGUGUAUGUCUAGAUGAGUACAUGUAGACGUUAUACGUUAUAUUACUAUUUGUUAAGGCUAAGGUGUCAAGGUUCUCCAGGCCAAUUUCUACUUUAGAUGUUACCUGAAUCGUGAUAUUUACUUUUAUCUCAAUUUGGAUUUCCUUGCAGUGAGUUUACAAGUAUGGGUUAGACCAUUUCUCCUUAUAGUAAUCUAUUGCUUGUGUGAAUUCCACUGAAAUGUCAUGGCAUUUUGUCUUGCUCAUGUAUUACUAUCAUUUAUAUGUUCUUUUGGUCAUUUAAACUUAGGUGCUGUUGGUGUUUUGGGCUCAAAUUUGCUUAUGGGGAGGGUUUUCAGAAACAUUAAAUGCAACUGAUCUAUUGACAAAGGAGAGUAAAAUUCCUCUGCUCUAUUUGCUUGAUAUCUGGCAGUAAGGUUAUUUAGUUGCUUGAACAGUUACCAACCUUACACCAUCUUUUGCACCGUAUUAUCGGUUGUCAGGUAUGUUACUCUUCAUAAUCAGUUCAAUGUGAUCACUACUUCAACAAAAUGUCCUCUAUUCAGAUGUCAUAUGCUGUUGUGCUAACAUUUAUGAUUAUGAAACUUUCAUGCAGCCACAGGGGGCAUCUGCUCACAAUUUUGUGAUUCAGUUGGCACUUUCAAUGGUUGCUUCAGAGAGCACUUAAAUCUCAAUGCACAGUAAUGGAAUGGUUAAUUUAGUUAACAAGUUCUUUGAGAUGCAACAGAUUGAUGCUCUUAGGCCUCUUGGAUAUAUACACAGGGCUGGUCAGCAGGUACCAUCCUGAGAGAUUAUUUUCUUUGAUAGAAGUUUUUCCUAUAAAAGAGGUUAUGUGAUCACACUUAUUACAGGUGCUACAUGCAAUGCAUAUAAUUGUUAGAAAGUAUCAUUUCGGCAGUGCCGUCUAAAAUUAUGACUUAGAUCCCAUCAGAAGUAACUGGGAAGGAUCUAAAUACUGAAAGGUACUUCCCCAGUUUCUGUUAUGCCCUCAUGAUUUGCGUUGCAAUCAGUGUGAUGGCAGUCUCACACUAUCAGCCAU